CAUCAUCUUUGGCUGAAGCUGACCAGUCUGCGCAACGGUGCCCUCAGUAUUGAAGUGAUCGCGCGAUCGUGUGGAAGUGAGCGCCCUGGCCCCGUCCUGGGAGAGAUAGACCGAUUUGAACACUUGGAGAUAUAGGGAGACCUCGCGACCAAACCGUCCAGGGGAAGGAACGAAGGGGCAGGAAGGAAGAUUCCUCUUAAUGUGCCAAAGUCGGAGGCACAAGAGACGCGACCGGGAGUGUGUGCGUGAGUGAGCUUUGCGCGGGGGUUGCGGAAACGUGAAUAAGGGAGGACCUCUUUUAGAGCUCUGGAACGGAAUCGGUGCUGAAGUGAGUGAGUGACCGCAGCCUGCAAAGAAGUGCGGUGUUUUUUUUUUCGGGGGCCUCUCGGGCAUACCACAGUGUUGUGUGUACAGAUUUUGUAGCUAACUUCUAUACGAGAAGGCGAUAGACCAGGAAGAUCUCCAAAGUGCCUUUUGCCCGUUGUGUGUGCUCGUGGAAGAGUGUGGUGGCUAUUCAUCUUGUUUUUCCUAUGCGCUUUUUUAUGAAACUGAUCUAAACUGAGACAGAAGUUUCUUAGUGUAUUGUGAAGAGAUGGAAACGCUGAAUGCAUUCUGGAAGGAAGAUUUUUCAAGUGAUUGAAAGCUGAAACGGAGUGAAGAGAGAUAAAUUACAAUACGAAUGAAUUUGAUGAAAAAUUGUUGAAAUUGUUUAGAAGGAGCAAAACGGAGUAGAAGGAAGAGUAAGCUGACGACGAAUUGAGUUUGGUGCUUUGACUUUUGAUGUCUGUGAGUGCUGAAGAAAUAACAGAAAAAAAGGUAAAGCAGGAAGAAAAAAUGGAGCAGUUAAAAUAAGAGAAAAAAGAUAAUUUAUGAAAAUGUAUGCAAUUCGAUUUUGCGACGUGUAACACGUUCUGGAUGUUAUUAUUGGCCUGGCUGCUGCUGGAGGUGCUUCUGUUCUGUUCGUACGGUCGUUGAAGUCACUGCGCUGCUGAGCGAGCUGCUACUGAGCCGAUACCAAAGUCCGUCGAUUUUGUUCCCAGGACGCAAGCGAGUUCAACCUAAGGAACUUGACGAUCAUGAUGAUGGUGAUGGUGAUGAAUAACGUCUGAGUCUCAUGGGCAUGAAGGCGCGCGUUGGGAGAAGAAAAACCUCGCCGAGACACGAUCAUCAUCGCGCGCAUCUUCCACGAUAUUUUAGCUGAUUAGUGUUUUUUGUUACGGCUCCUUCACCCGGUGCUGCUGGUAGUCCAUCCUAGCGCCAGCCAGCAACAAACAUCAACGGACCACCUCGUUUUACCUCGCGGCUGAACACCGGGAAAGAAGAUCGACGAAGAAGCGUGUGCUUGAACCCAACUCAAUCGGGCAGAAGAGGCAAAACCGUGAAUAAAAAAAUUUGGCUGCUGCCACCAUCGGAAUAGACAUCAUCCAUCCGAGUGUGUGAAUGUAGCACGGCCAAAAAGCGCGAUUUCGAUCUGGCUCUGGGUGGAUCUAAUAAGUCGAAAAUUAAGCAUUGUUGUUGGAAAACAUAGUUGUGCUUUAAAUUGUGUCUAAUUUGGUGCAGAAUUCUAAGUGAAAACAGCAAACGAAGCACAAGUGCCAAGUGCCAGAAUCUGAUAUCAACAGUAUAAAAGAAAAAUAGCGUGGAAGGAAUGUGAGCAGCGGCGGCAGUAAGCGGCGUGAAACGCGCGUAGAAGAGAAGUGAUCGCUCCCCGCUCAGGUGUGUGUGCUUCGGUGUUGUUGCCAGAGGAGCAGAGUGCAGAGGAAGAAAAAAAGUGGAAAAAAUGAUGUAGGAAACUUGAAGUUUUUAAAAUUUCAAGAAGCAAGAAAAGGAGAGAACAUCCAAAGGCAGCAAAGUGCGCGCGGUGUCAAGAAAGGUUCAAGAUAAAGUGCACGAGAGUUAGAGAGAAGGAGAAGAAAACGAAGAAGAGUUAGAAACCGACCGACAGUGAGUGAAGACCUGUGUGCAUAGUUUGUAUUCGGGUUGUACGGCUAUAAUGAUUUUUAAUUUUUAAAAUGAGUUCCAUCGUCGGCUGAAGACAUAGGAUCGGAAUAAAAUUAAUCAUUACAAUUAGCAUUAAACGGUUGGUGUGGUGCUGUGGAUUGUGCCGAAAAAAAAAGUGAGUUGUAAAGCCACGUGCAGCGUUGACCACUGUGAAGUUUAAGGGAGUUAUAACGAAAUGCGAAAAGUGUUAGCCGUUUAUGAUGGAUCGUGCCCGCGGUAGUAGAAACCAGUCCCAGAAACUAGCUCCAGCAGUAUUAUGACGCACCGUUUAGGUGGAGCUAAGAAUUUGGGUGCAGCAAGUAGUGAAGCAAAAUUGCGCUAGAAAAAUAUUUCCGAUUCGACACAAAGUCCAGUGAAAAUGCGGUGUGCCAGUUUAAAAAUUGCCUUUUGGCUGCUAGUCAUACUAGAGUUGUAUGCCGCGAUAGACUGCGUAGGUGCACACGGGCCUGGGCCUGGACCGGGGCCAGGUGUAGUGAUAGGAGCUCGACGACGAUCGUCAAACGAUGGUGCAAUGCAAUCGCGCGCCGUUGACACCAGAGUUCAGUUCGAAGUGUUUGAAAAUGAACCUCGUGGAACUGUCGUGGGAUAUAUUCCAACCAAACCCGGAUUCACCUAUCGAUUCAAUGAACCGCCACGAGAAUUCGUCCUCGAUCCGAACACGGGUGAAAUCAAAACGAAUGCAAUUCUCGACAGAGAAACCACAAAAAACGAUCGACACGAUCUGGUGAUACUGUCCAGUCAGCCAACGUAUCCCAUCGAAGUGCGAAUAACAGUAAUUGAUGUUAACGACAAUGCUCCGGAAUUUCCAGAACCAAGCAUAGCUGUGUCAUUCUCGGAAAGUGCCAUAUCCGGUACCAGACUGUUACUGGAUGCCGCUACCGAUAAGGACAUCGGUGAGAACGGAGUCACUGAUGACUACCGGAUCGUCGACGGAAAUCACGACGAAAAGUUCCGUCUAGCAGUUACCACUAAUCCCAGCGGAGAUGUCUACUACCUUCAUCUCGAAACAACUGGGAAGCUUGAUCGCGAAACGCGUGGCUCUUAUAUGCUAAAUAUAUCAGCUAAAGACGGAGGAACUCCACCCCGUUUCGGCUACCUGCAAGUUAACGUUACGAUCCUAGAUGUGAACGAUAACCCUCCCAUAUUCGAUCACAGCGACUACAUUGUGUCAUUGAACGAAAGUGUUGUACCGGGAACCCCGGUUCUUCAAGUGAUGGCAUCGGACAACGACCUGGGCGACAAUAGCAAAAUUACUUAUUACCUUUCGGACACCGAAACGCAAUUCACGGUAGACCCCGAGACCGGAGUCAUCUCCACUACAGAACAACUAACCUGUCCCCAUCAGAACUGCCAAUCGCUAUCGCGACCCGACGGAACAUGCCCCAAAAGCUGCGUGUUCACCGUAUUCGCCCGCGAUCAUGGCUCUCCGCGACAAGACGGCCGAACGUAUGUAACAGUCAACCUCGUCGACACCAACGAUCAUGAUCCGGUCAUCCGAUUCCAGUACUUCCCACCAACGGGAAGCUACGCGACCGUAGACGAGAAUGCUGCCAACAGCUCCGUCGUUGCGGCUGUAUCAGUCGUCGACAUGGACGAAGGCCUCAAUGGCGAUACCAGUUUGAAGAUCAUUGCUGGCAAUGAUCUCCAACACUUCCGGUUGGAAAAAUCGCCAAGCUUCUACAUUGUACGGGUCAACGGAGUGCUCGAUCGCGAGGAGAUCGGCAAGUACAAUCUGACUGUGGUGGCAACGGACCGUGGAACGCCUCCACGCACGGCAACUGCCCACCUGAUCAUCCACGUCAACGAUGUGAACGAUCAUGAACCAGUGUUCGAAAAAUCAGAAUAUUCCACCGUUUUGAGCGAGCUGGCUCCACCGGGAACCUAUGUUGCCAGCAUCACCGCAACAGACGAAGACACCGGCGUAAACGCCCAAAUCAUCUACGAUUUCGUUUCGGGUAACAACAAUCAGUGGUUCAAAAUCGAUCCAUCAUCCGGCCUGAUCACAACCCAAGCACAACUGGAUCGUGAGGUGAACGGAAACAUCGAACUGAGCAUCUCGGCCCGAGACGGAGGACCCAAUCCCAAGUGGGCCCAUACACAGCUCAAAGUGACCAUUCUGGACGAGAACGACGAAGCUCCCCAGUUCUCACAGCCCCGCCUCAACAUCACCCUGAACGAGAACACAAAACCGAAAACCGUGGUAGCCAUCCUAACCGCCGAAGAUCACGAUCAAGGAACGAACGGCAGCAUCACCUACUCCUUCCACCCCAGCGUGGAGAAAAACUAUCCGGGAGUUUUCCAUCUGGAUUCCAUAUCCGGUCAACUGACUACCAAAAGCAGUCUCGAUCGGGAGAAAGUUGCCAGCUACAACAUCCAAGUGAUCGCACGCGAUCAAGGUACUCCACCGCAAUCAUCCACGGCAACGGUUCAGCUGAACAUCGACGACACAAACGAUAACAAUCCGGAAUUCUACCCGAAGCAGUACUUUUUAGCUUUAGCGGAGGAUACUGCACCCGGAAGGCACAUCCUUCAGGUGAAAGCAACCGAUCAAGACGAAGGCAUUAACGCAAUGAUAUCCUAUGAGAUCGUCAGCGGCGGAGAUGGGUUGUUUGUGAUCGAUAGCACUAGUGGACAAAUCACGCUGAGGGGUAGCUUGAAGAAGUCGUCCAAGCCGUUGCAUAAGAUCGUGAUUGCCGCGAAGGAUAAAGGAGGACGACGAGCUGAAAAGGACGCAGUUGUGGAGAUUAUCAAGGAGUCGAUCAUGGAGGAAAUCGAGUUCGAUACACUCACUGGGUAUGAGUUUCAGUUGGUGGAGGAUAACGGUUUGGAUGGAGUGAGUGCUGAACGGGAAGUUGGACAGAUCAGGUCAAAAUCUUCCCCGUCGGUGAGAAAUGUCGAGUAUUCACUUCUUCAAGGUGAUCCGAGGGAAUGCUUUAAAAUCAAUUCGAGAACUGGGAUGAUUAGCAGCGCAAAGAUCGUUGAUCGCGAAACUUCACCAUUCUAUAGCAUCACGGUAGCAGCUCGCAAUGGGCUAGCUUUUGGGCAAACGAUAGUGAAUAUUUCGAUAGUGGAUUUGAACGAUAAUGCACCAGUGUUUACGCAUGAUCACGACGAGAUUAAUCUCCCGGAAAAUACAGCCGUUGGCCAGGAAAUAUACCUUUCCAAAGCAAAAGACGCCGACUCGGGUGCAAACAGUCGGAUAACCUAUAGCUUGAACUACAACCCGCAAAACCUGUUCAGGGUUUCUGAAACAACCGGGGUAAUCUAUCUGAAUCGACCAAUUCUGGUAGAUCCGGGAACGGUUUUGAAUUUGGAAAUCAUGGCAACGGACGGUGGCGAUCCGCAGUUGUCUACAAAGAGUACCGUAACAGUGACGAUCGAAGAUGUAAACGAUCAUACUCCGGUUUUCGAUCACACAUCGUACGAAACUUCUCUGCUGGAGUCGAUGCCGGUAAAUUCAAGAUUUUUUGCAUUGGCUGCAUCCGAUGCGGACAUCGGCCUAAAUCAAAGGAUCUCAUAUGCGAUCAUCGAAGGCAACGUGGAUGGGAAGUUUGGUGUCUUCCCCGAUGGGUUUUUGUAUGUAAAAAGCGCGCUAGAUCGGGAGGAACGAGAUUACUACUCGCUGACAAUAACGUGUACGGACGAAGGGGAACCACCAAGGAGCUCCUCGGUUCCGGUGAUUGUGCAUGUGAUCGAUGAGAAUGAUAACCCACCACAGUUUACCAACAGCACGUUCAUCUUCAGUGUGGCCGAGAACGAACCGGCCGAUACUUUUGUGGGGAAGUUGACUGCCGUCGAUCGUGACAUUGGACGGAAUGCCGAGCUGAUCUAUAUGCUGUCGAGCAAGCAGGAAGACUUUAUAAUCGAUUCGCGAAACGGAUUCAUAAAAACGUUGCACGAAUUCGACCGGGAAGCGCUGGUACAGACGACCGGACAAAAUUUUAUCAUGCUGGAAGCGACCGUGACCGAUAAUGGAUUGACCCGUCUGCGGGAUAAAGUCAAGAUAAAGGUUUUUAUAACUGAUGUGAAUGAUAAUGCACCGCAGUUCGUGCGAGCCCCUUAUAAGGUCCAAAUCUCGGAAGGAUCAUCGAUCGGAACCCAGCUGAUUCGGGUGUACACGAACGACGCCGAUGAGGGUCUUAAUGGGGAUGUGUUUUAUUACAUUGCCGAAGGGAACAGCGAUGAGCGAUUCGUAAUUGACGAUGCUACCGGUCAGAUAACGCUCGCCAAAGCCCUCGAUCGUGAAACGGUGUCAAUGUAUAAAUUAACGAUCGUUGCCCAUGAUGCUUCAAUGCAGAAUCGAUUAAGUACGAGCACGACGGUUACAAUUGAGGUUCUCGAUGAGAACGAUGAUGCACCGGAAUUUACCCAAACCCUUAGUCAAAUCGCAAUCAACGAAACCACAUCGAUCGGGACGGAGCUAAUUCGAUUUCGGGCCACCGAUAUGGAUCUCGGUGUUAAUAGUCAGAUUACAUUUUCGAUUGCCGCCGGCAAUCGUCGAGACACGUUUCACAUCGAUCCUAUCACGGGCAAUUUGUACCUUCAUAAAUUGCUAGAUUACGAGGAUACACAAAGCUACUCGCUAAACAUCACCGCAUCGGAUGGUGGCAACCCACGACUAUCCACAACCAUUCUGUUCGUAGUGAACGUGAUCGAUUCGAACGAUAAUCCGCCGAGCUUUCCAAACACCGCAAUUGUAAGGCAAAUUCGUGAAGGCAUUCCCAUCAAAACUCCGAUCGUGACUGUUACUGCCGAGGAUCCAGAUUCUGGCCCCAAUGGCAAAGUCUCGUACGAGAUCUCCAACCAGGAUCCGGAAAAUCGCAAUCGUCAUUUCGGCAUCAACCCAACUACAGGUGUGAUCCAUACGUUACAUGCCAUCGAUCGCGAGGCCAUAGAUACAUACCGCCUAACGGUGAUCGCGACUGAUCAAGCAUUAGUUCCGUCCCAGAGAAUGUCUGCGGAGAAAUUAGUCACGGUUAUAGUGGAAGACAUCAACGAUAAUGCACCGGUAUUUGUUUCCAUGAAUGCUGCCAUCUUGUCUAUGAAAGACGUUCGUGUGGGAGUGGACAACAGUCCCAAUCCGGUCAUGUACAUCAAUGCUCACGACGCUGACUCGAGCUCCAAUGGAUUAGUGACGUACGAAAUGACUGGUGGAAAUACAGAUCUGUUCAAACUGCACCGAUCAACCGGUGCCAUAACGCUGCGAAAAGCCAUAUCGAAACCGGAAAUUCGUUAUCAACUAUCAGUGCGUGCCACCGACGAAGCCGUACAGAAUGAACGUAAAAGUAGUGACGCGUAUAUCACGAUCCUCACUACAGUGCCAUCGAACAAUGGACCGGUGUUUGUGAAGAAGGACAUGUUCGGUAGUGUUUCGGAAAAUGAACCAAUCGGUACGAGCAUUUUGACCGUGUCGGCCUAUUUGAAUUCCGUGAGUGAUAUCGAGUACUAUGUGACCAAUGUGACCGGCGAUGGAAAGCAAGUGAACCGAUUGUUCGACAUCGACACCAAACUUGGAAUACUGUCAACGGCUGCGGAACUGGAUCGCGAAUCCGGCGUGGAGAGCUACGAAGUGGAGGUUUAUGCGAUCGCCCUCGGAGGAAUGCCACGAACAACCAACACCAAGGGCGAAGGCCACGUGAAAGCAGUUUGUCCUCGAGCGGUAUCCAAAGAUGGCGGCAACGGCAGUAGUAGCGGUGGAUCAUCAUACGCCAAUGUGACCGCGCUGGGUGAAGCGGCAAAGAGUGAACUACCAAGCGUCAGCGUCAAGCAGCCCGGAAGUGAUGGAGCGGAUGCACAAAAACCGUCAUACUCCAAUCUUGCAAUAGAUCCAGCAAUCAACGAAACAAUCUCACAAGACACAAGCGCGGCAGAGGCUUCGAACGCGGCUGACGAUCUCGAAGCAUCCAAUGGUGAGGAUGUGCCUGUUCCACCCCAGGAUCAGGAAGCAGAUCAGGAGGCCAACGAGGAGAUGGAAAUGGACGAAAAGAAAGCGGCUCUCAAACGUACAAUGAUCUCUUCGUCGGAAGAUGACACGCAAUCAACGAAUGAAACCCCAUUCGUCACGGUACAGCAACGGAAAGGUAAAAUCGAAGCGAAAAAAGGAGCUAAGCUGCCGUCGGUUCACUGGCUGUCUGUCUGCCUGCCGGACUGGAACGAUCUCUCCAUUAAUACCCCGGGAUAUGUCUUUUCGGGUUACGCCACACCAAUGGCGGUUGCAGUUUGA